AUGGCGGCGGAGAAAGUUGAGAGCGGGCGAUUCUAUCAAGCCGUGUCUCUUUCGCCAAACUACGGUGGUGUCUUUUUUUCAAGUCAGGAAGAGCAAGGCUCUGAUGGCGAUCCGUUCCGUUCAAAAAGUACUACAAUCGAUAGCGAAGAAACACCUCUGUGCCAAUCACAGAUUCAGUCGAGGAGAGCCGGCACGAAUAUUUUCAGAUUGUUUGAUUGGAACGACGCGUGGGAGGCGAUUCAAAAAAAACGUGAAGCGAGCAUUCUCGUCACGUCGACGACAUCGACCAGCCACAAAAAGCGACGACGACAUCAAUGUAUGGCACUCUUCUUUGGCCAGGCGAUUGCCCUUUGUGCUUCCAGUAUGAACGCGUCAUCUUACACACUCAACUAUAAGUACGGAGUUCGAACCUUUUGUUUCCAGAUGAUAUGGGUCUAUCUCAUUUUAGCCAUGCACUUGUUUGCGAUACCGAAAGACGAUUCAGCAGUAGCCACAACAAUACUGGUCAACAGUCCUACCGUAUCCAUACAAAGACAGCAGUAUACACUUCCCGGCACAGCAAUCCGUCUACAGAUCCCUUGGUGGAUUUACCUCGGCAUGUCUUUGUUGGAUGUACUGCCCAACUUUUUGACACUGUUAUCUUUCAACUUUACUUCAUUGACCAGCACUACCUUGCUAGGUUCGCUCACGGUCCCGUCAACAAUGUUUUUUUCUAGACACAUUCUCGCAAAAGUCUUCCGGCCACACCAUGUCUUUGGUGUCAUGCUCUGCAUUUUUGGUGGGUGCCUGACUGUUUGGUCUGAUUUGGGCGAUGUCAGUAGCGCUAGCAAUCCUAUGGAUGGUGAUGACCCACAACUGCAACACCCCGAGUCAUCACGUUUUUAUCUGGGCGAUUUGCUUGCCGUCACGGCGGCUUUGGCGUAUGGGUUAGGAGACACCGUAGCAGAGUACUCCAUCAAACACAUUGACCGUAACGAAUACCUCGGGAUGAUUGGCGUCUUUGGUUGUGUGUUGACAACCAUAGCUUUCUUGGCACGUGAAUGGUCUGAAGUGGAAAAGGUUACGACCUUGACUGUCGAAAUUCAAGUACAAGUGUUGGGUGUGCUGGUGUGGUACGUCACGUCAGUUGUACUGUACUAUAUUGCCGAGGCCCGUUUUUUGGUAUCAUCGGAUGCUACCUUGUUAAAUUUGUCGAUGCAAACCACCAAUCUCUAUGCCAUUAUUUUUUCAAUCAUGGCCUACGGAGAGGAACCGUUUACAUUGUUCUACGUGGCUGUUGGGUUGGUAGUGGCCGGUGUCUUUGUGUACGAAGUCGGUGGGAGCCUCAGUUCCGGCGAGGACGGGAUCCAUGUGCUAGUGUCUUCGAUAUGA